GUUCCUCGUCAGUAAACUUGUGUGGGUGUACAGUCUACAGUUGGCAUGACUGAGCACUGGGUAAAAAUGAAUGGCUAACCUGAAAACAGGUUCAAUAGACAUUUCUACACCUACAACUAGACAACCAGAUUUUAGAUCUAGACCAGUAGCAUCAGUCAGGAUCAGCACAGCCGUGGAUGUGCAAAGCGGCGUCAAAAGCAACAUCACCAGCUACAAAUGUAAAGUUAAAGUGUGAAGUAAAAAGAAGAAGAAGAAAAACAAACUGGUUGGUUUUCCUGUAUGUCCAUCUCCAUCUCUCUUGUAGCUCCACCUCCACUCGGGUGCUUUCGUAUUCUCAUCAGCAUCAUCAUCAUAUCACUAGACUGUACAAUACAAGUGUAGAGUAGAGUGUAGAUACUGUAGAGCAUAAUAUACAGGACUCAUUGACUUGGUAUGCAUCACACAUCGCACAUAGCUAUCUCGUGACCUGUGUAUGUAUAAUGUGGCUCAGUGAGCGGAUAUCACGGAUAUUUCUCUCAGUUACUCAUGAGAGUAGAAUCAAGCAGGAGCAGGAGUUGGAGUACUGAGUGCGUUGAAAAUGGCGUCACUGGUUAAAUAAUUUAUCACUAGUGAUAUGUCCAGCUUGGGGUCAUCGAGUGUUUACGUUCACGGUUCAUCGUCAUGAUAAACGAUUGCCCAAGAAAUUGAUAACAAAGUAAAGCAACAAUCAUCAGUUCUGUCUAUUCAUCGAACCAACAAGUGAUUUACGUUGGUCACUUACACAUACACGUGGGCUAUCUAUUAUUGCCUUACCCUCGCUUACGUGCGUCCAAAUAAUGACAUGGGAAUUUGCAGCAGAAGACAUUUUUUACUGACGAUAUGUACUCUGCAACUCCUAACAACGAUAGAACGCCAGGUGUUCGACUUUCUGGGGUUUAUGUGGGCCCCGAUACUGUUCAACUUUUUUAAUAUUAUUUUUGUUAUUCUUGGCUUUUUUGGAGCCUUCCAGUAUAGACCAAAGUAUAUUAUAUCUUACUGUAUAUGGGAUACACUUUGGCUAGGAUGGAAUAUAUUUUGCAUAUGUUUUUACCUGGAAGUCGGUACAUUAGAUAAGCAUAGUGACAUUUUGAACCUGAAGACGGGGAGUUUCUCCUGGUGGCAGGUCAACGGCCCAGGCUGCAAACCCAACUACGACAUAAUUGAGCCGGAGUUAUUAAGACCGACGCGGCCUAAAAACGUUACCGACUGCCUAUUAAGUUAUGAGGUCAUCGAAGUCUUGCACGCGUCAACGCAGUGUCUGCUGGCCCUUAUGGCCAUCGUCGGCGGAAUAUGUCUGAGUCGUGCGUUCCUCGAAGAGGAUGACAGUUUUGACUUUGUGGGAGGUGGUGACUUUGGGUUGGCGGGCCAUACGCCGUUGCACCCGAUGUACGUUAGCUACUCGGCUUUGCCACCAGCUAGUACUACUUACUCUCAGUCGAAUCCAAACUACCAAAGCUACCCACGAGGCACCACCGGCUCUAACAAUUCAUCCUCGGUAUACCGUGACACGACGCUACCCAAGUACGCGGUGGACAAAUCACCCAGUCUAGUAACCGACUAUAAACCUCACCAGCAGCGCGCCGGUCUUAAGUCCUCCUCGAUGAUGAUGAUGAUGAUGAUGCACGGGGACACCACCCGCAGUAGCAAGAGUAGCGGUGCCUCAGCGCGGAUCAUUGACAACGUGGACUGCUACAACGACUACUCAAAUCCACUCGAUCACUUGCAUCGUCCGAUUUCACCGCCCGUUGGCGAUUACGACUCGCUUGAAAAUUCGGUUAAAUUAAGAUUCGAAAAAAACAACCGCCCUUACAAGCCUGCCUACAGUCCCGUGGUGUCGCCCGUUCUCAGGAGAGCCCGCGCUUCUCAAGCUCCCAACAAUAAUAAUAAUAAUAAUAACAAUAAUACGAACAAUAGAAACUCAUUUAGACCUAGAAUUUUUACCGACUACGUGCGCGAGCAGCCCUUGAGGUCUUUUUACUCUGACCCGCGGCUCGCAAUGGAGCAAACUUUGCCAUCUGACAAUAAUUCUUCUUCAAAUAACGCCAGAGACAGCAGACCACUGUCUCUGUACGCUACACGAAUUAACAAAAGGAAAAAGCAGACUCGGCCACUGUACAGUAUAGAAUAUUCCCAACCGGAGCCGCCAGCUCAGGAUGACAGCGUGUCCCCGAAGCCGAUGACACCUAGGCGAGUUAAACGCCGAUCAGUUAUUUCCCGCGACGGUACCCGUAGGUCUAGCAACCGUCGGAGCUCAGUCCGACAGUCAACCACCCGACGUAAGAAUCCAGUUAACCGGAUAAUGGAGCAACAGGAGAGCUUGUACGCCAACACGAUGCCUAGUCCGCUGACCAACCAGAAUGUCAACUCUCUGUCCCAGGGUACGCUCAAUUACGACCGAAUCGCCAGCAGCUGGGACAGGGAGAGACAGUGGCAGCCCGAGGCCGUAAACAUGGCCGUCUCCUCGCCCUCGCUCUGGACCCCAGACCCCAAUUACUCGAACAUCACGAACCUCGCCUCCAGUUCUGCUCAAAGCUGCUGGGACAACGCUGCGAGUUCCAUGCGGCAUCUGACAGACAACACUUGGCAAGGAAACGAGCCCAGUUGCAGCUCUGCCAUGCAGUGGCAGGGCCAAAGCAAUCCCACUUUCCAGCAAACCAGCAUCCAGAGUCUCAACCAUCACGAGGAUCAUGAAGAUUUGUACAGCAACAGACCUGCCAGUGCCAGGUCCAGCUACAGCAAUUAUCACGGAAUCAGAACCACCCCCCAAGUACCAAAUAGGACUGACAUCGUGAGACAGAGCCAGCGGCAAUUCGUCUUAAGUGGCCCGCCCGCUUAUCAAGACACCGUUAUUUAAAAAAAUAAUUAUUGAUACACUGUAAAAAAUUAGCGGAUUAAUCCGGAGUGAAUCCAGAUUUAAAUAAAAUUUAUAAUCACUCCCGAUUUUUUACAGUGUAUUAGUAAUCGUAAUUAAUAAGAAUGUAAUUGAUAUUUUGACUGAUUUACUGAGCUUUAUUUUAAAUAGUUUUAUUUAAUACUUGACGUUAGAGUGUAAGCAUAAAUCAAAAGCGGCUCGUACAUUCGGUAAAAUGUACCUGUAAUAUUAUUUUUCAUUUUUUAACAUUUUACAACUUAAACAAUUAUCAUUAUUAUUAUUAAGAAUUUGAUUGCGUUGGUAAAUCGAGAAUGAUAACCAAAGUAUUAACAACACAUCGAUUAUUUUUUAUUGUUAAGUAGAUAAUACACUCACAUAUACAUUCACACCCACACUAACAUUUGUAUCUAAGUAUUAUUUAAUCAUGUAAGUAAUAUGACACAAAGUAUAUAUACAUAUACAUAUAAUUUCUAAGAAUCUCCUGAGGUAUUUUAAAUAAAAAUACCGAUAAAUUCCAUGGCUAUUUUAUAACGAUCUCGCAAAUGAUAAGUAGUG